AGCGAUUCUCUGGCCGUCUGUUGCUUGUUCUGCCGCGGAAGGCGAGAUUCCAUUGAUUCGACUUCCAUAUGGUCGUGAGAUAUAAUGGAGAGCUCAGAGAAUGGGAUUGAAUCUACUGAUGGAGUUGCAGAAACUGAUCAGCAUGUACUGGAUUUCCUGGAUUCCAUGGAUAGCUAUCUAACACUUAUGGAUUCGUUGUCUUCAGCUCUUCGUCAGGGAUGGUUAGAUUUAGCUAGUGCUAGGCAUUCAAUGGGUGCUUCUCGAGUAAACAGCGCGAUGUUCGACCACAAAUCUCACCGUGCUUCAACAACAUUGCAAGUAUCUGAGGCCGAGCCCAAUACAGAAUUCCCACAGUUCACCCUAUGCAAAUGGGCGGCCUCAAAUGAUCCCGAAAAGUAUUCUGGGGAAGCCAAGUUCGAGGAGGAUGAAUUGAUGCAAAUCAAAUCUAGCCCCCGAGAUCAGCAUUCAGAACUUGAGGAGCAGAAGGAUGAUAGUGUGGGAUCACCGGUUACCAGUGAUAAUCAGGCUGAAAAGGAGAGAUCAAAGUCACUUUCAAUGUUUGGAGCUUUGGUCUCCCCAAAGCUUAGAGCAACACAAUUGUCGUUCGAAAAAGCUCUGGAAACACUUGUAGAGAUAUCGAAUACACGAGCAUCUUUGCUGCGUUGCUAUGAUCAAGUGCAGAAGGAUCAGAACGCCAAAUAACUUGGAUGGUUAUUUAAUCUCUUCCCUCGUGUCUUUACUUUAAUUUAUUUGAAAUUAUUUAGUUGGAGAACUAGCAAUCACUUAUACAUGUUUUGUGCACUUAAAUCCUAAAUAUUAGUUUCAAUGGUUUCUCUGUCUUUUGAAUAA